GCGGACCGGGAGCUGCGCACCGUGUCCGUCUCGUGGCGCUACUCGGGGUGGGUGGCCAACUUCUGCGGCCCCAGCACGGAGCAGGUUUUCUUUGACGAGGACGGCAAGAUCUCGCGCCUCAUCGCCUUCAUCGACUGGCGGAGGCCGCGGCCGAACGCCACGCGGGAGGCGUUCGGCCGCUUCGAGUCGAUGUUGCACGUGUGGAGGAAGAACGCGUCCGAGGCCGUGGCCCUGAAGGAGCUCUUCGCGGAGGACGUCCGCGUGACUUUCUGGAACGACGCCACGAGGGAGAGACUCGGAGACGGUUCUUCUCUGGCCGGUCCGGCGCAGCCGAGCUGCUGCUCUACGCAGGGUCGCUGUCUUGCGCACUGCUGCCAGACGAGGUGCAGCUCGACCGGAUAG